CCCUUCUUAAAAAAGCCCCGCCUUUCCUUCGUCGCCUGAUCUUACGAGCCCCAGCCAUGGAUUUUUUGCGCACGUUCUGGCGCUGGAAGCUCGAGGAGUCGCCAAGGCUGCGCUAGGCGGCCGUGUCAACAGUGCAACGUGAGGCUGGACGUUGAACUCUGGCGAGGCGCUGGCAAAAUCCCUGCCCAGAACAGGGAAGGGCCCUCCUUAUCCGCCUUUCCCAGUCUCCCGCGGUGGGACCCGAGAGAGGCCCGCGCUCGCGACUCUCCUGGAGCUCCACCUGUUGCCGGGCUCAGCUGCAAAGAGAAGUUCUGCGGCCUGUUCCGGCAGGGGAGGGCAGACUCCAAGGCCCCGCUUUCGCUCUCGAAAACGCCCCCAGGUUUCCCCCUCUGCGCGAUGCCCGUGGCGGGCACUCUGCGGGUCAAGUUCCGGCGGCGCCGCAACCCCGCGGAGGACAAGGAACCCAUCCUCGAGCGGGAGGAACAGCGAGAAGCAGAGGCCCUGAGGGCUCCCGAGGACCAGCUUGAAGAAGAGGAGCCGGCUGGCUGCGCCUCCAAAAAAGUGGCGUUUGCCGUCCUCCCGGACAACUACCAGCCUCUCGUCUGGGACGGCGAGCAGCAGCCACCGCCGCGGAAAGCGGAGCGCGCAAGCAAGGCGCGCAAGAGAAGACUCAAGAGAUACGGCAAGAGUGCGAGGAUUUUACGUGAACGGUCCUAUUCCGAGAACUGCUGGCGGCGUGGAAGAUUUGGGGUCGUGCCCCUUAUGUAUCCGAAGAGAGUUCAUUGGAUUGCCUGGCUGCGAUCCCAACCAAAAAGCCCCCUCCUCACCUUCGGGGGCGAAUGAGCAGAGCCUCUGAGGGUGGGGUGGCUGACUGGUCUUGUGCUUGCUGGCUGCCCUUUGGAAGAGGCCUUCUGAGGAAGUGGGGGGUGGGCUGUUCCAGGGAAGGGAAGGUGUUGCAGGUCGGAGUUUCUGUUCAUUCCCCAAGUGGAUGUUCCACAGCAGAGUUUGGGUGAAAAGCAUUUUCUUCCUUUUGGUAGUUCCUAAAAACUUCGUAAAGGAAAGGCUGUGAAGUUAAACAGAUGCUGAAAUUUAAU